AUGUAUCCCUUAGCGCUGACAUUCUUCGCAGUUGCUGUUUUCGGAGAUGCGCACAGGAACCCUUGGGAAAUGAUUGAAGUGCUACUCGCCAGUAAUGUUCGUAACUAUCACGAAACGCCCGGCUUCUUAGAUGACUUUCGGCAGCUGUUUGACGAUUUCGCCGAACAAACUGGGACUCAUUACGAUGACAGAAAUUUCCGACAACUUGCGACCUACAUCAGUGGCUUACCCGUUGCAAAAUAUGGUCUACGAUACACUAAUUGCGAGCAGUUACGUCAAUUUCUAAGUGGUAUUAACCUUCAACAACGUUACCACCUCCAGUAUGUGUCAGUAAAGUGCGGUCGGAUGAAGUUCUCGUACUGCAUGGGAUUUGUUUGCGAUGGUUUCUCAACCGUAUCUACUGCCGGCACCAGUGCUCCGACUAUGACCCACACUAGUCCAUUCACUUACACCACUACCAGUGCUGAGGGAAGUACCGGUGCUCCCACUACUGCGCGCACAGCUACAACAGCUUCUUCUUCGCCUACAUCAGCAUCCACAGCGAGUGACAAUGAAGAUCCAUUUUGAACAACUUUGACCAUUGCGUGCUCAACAA